AUGACGCUUUUCAUGCUGUUUCUGGCCGUGCUGGCUCUGGCCGUAUGCCAGUGCGUCGUUGCCGAUUCCUGCCAAAACACAACGAUCUCCUCCCCCUCUGACACAUCCCUCUUCGUCUCGUGCGACAAAAUAAAAGGCACACUUACCGUCUCCGAGUCCUUUAGCGGAGUCUUGAACCUCACCGAAAUAAGUCAGAUUCAAGGCGACUUGACCGUGACGAAUGUCGGGGGGAUAACGAAGAUCAACCUACCGGCUCUUGAGAAGGUUGAGGGGACGGUUACAGUUACGGAUAAUGGAGCAUUGAAGAAUUUGACGCUUUCCGGGUUGCAGAGUGUCAGUGGGAGAUUGACGGUGCAGGGGAAUAGUGGAUUGAGUUAUGUGGCUCUACAGAAUUUGGAGGAUGUAGAGGGUGGUCUCGCCCUGGUCGGGGGAUUCAGUGUGUCCCUCCCCAACAUCAACGAAGUCAACGGCGAUACUACAAUCCAAGGCGCCGACAUGUCCUGUGGCGUCUUCGACCGACUGGCCGCAGAUGGCACAUUCACCGGCUCCUACUCAUGCUCGGCAUCAAGCUCAGGACUGAGUCCAGGUGCCAAAGCCGGUAUCGCCAUUGCAGUCAUCCUAAUCGUCUGCAUCAUCGCCGCUGGUAUCUGGUUUUGCCUACGGCGCCGACGCGCAGCAGCCACCGUGAAUGAAAACGGCGAUGUCGAAAAAACACAGUACCAGAUCUUGAACACGAAAUCAAUCCUCCGUCUCCCCCGUAAACCAUUCCCCCCAAAACAACCCUCCGAGUCCGUCCCCAUGCUGGACGGAAGAAUGAUCCUCGAAGCAACGCCCGGUGAACGACGCGAUAGACGACCGAUUUACGAAUUAGAUGCCGGACCACAGAGUUCGCAUCAGCGGCCGAUUAAUCAUGAAUGA